AUGUCUUCUUUAGCCCGACGUGUAGCCACCUCCUCGCUCUGCGGCAUGUCCUAUGGUGGGAGUGGCAGUGGCGGCCAAUCGAGCGCCUACCCCUAUCCAACGCGCAUGGAAAAAGUCAAAUUUGGCAUUCCGCUGGAGAGCGUCUGCGAGAGCGCCCACAAUGACAUUCCCGGGCCGUUGCUGGUGAUGAUCCUGAAGCUGAACAAGGAGGCCCCUUACAAGAAGGACGUCUUCAGGGCGCCCGGCCACCAGGCGAGCAUGAAGAAGCUGAUACACUUUCUCCAGAACGGCCGACUGGUGAACAUUGACAACUACUCGGUGUACACGAUCGCCUCGGUGCUGAAGAAGUUUCUGCGCAAGCUGCCAUCGGGCGUCUUUGGCGUCGACCGGGAGCAGCGCCUCUUUGAGGUGAUUGGCUGGGCCGACGUGGAGGAGAAGCGGCUGGAGAUUCACAGGAUCCUCCUCUCGCUGCCGGUGGUCACGCAGCACCUGCUGGUUCUCCUCUUUGGCACCUUCCGGGCGAUUGCCAACUCCUCCGAGUCCUCCGCCACCGGCAUGACCUCGGAGGCGAUCAGCAUCAGCGUGGCGCCCAGCUUCUUCCAGUCCUGCGUCUCCGAUGGGAAGCAGUUCGCCAAGAUUGAGGACGUCCAGCGAUUCAAGAUUGCCUCCUCCAUAAUGAAGUUUAUGAUCGACAACUUCGGCAUCUACAACCUCUUUGGCCGCGACAACUACGAGUACUACGCGCGCAUCAGCGGACGCGUGCUGAAGGUGGAGGAGAACUGGAUCUUCGCCUUCAAGUACCCGCCGGAAAAUGUGAUUCCCAGGAAGCUGUCUCUGAUGGCGGAGCGCGAGUGGUUGAUCUGCGAAGCGCACAAGUGGGGCUUGCCGCAGAUUGCCCUCUCUCAAAUCGGCUCUGUGGAAGAGUGCCAGAGCACGCCCACCUUGGUUUCUCGCGAGGACAGCGACGUGACACUGACUCGAUCUCACCACCAACCCAUCCAGUCCUCGCACAUUGAAGACUCCUACGCUCGGCUGAGCAUGUCACUGGAGGAGAGCUUCUUUAGGGUAAGCGGACAGUCCUACUCGAACAUGCUGCACGCGGAGAUGCUCAAACUGGAAGAUCUCAAGACGGUGAACCGAUAUGCGGAGAGCACCAAGUCGCUCACCUUUCUCCCGAUUGUCCACGAGCGGCAGACGGCGCGGAUGAAGACCCGUUCGGAGUGGUUCCUCAAUCCGAGUAUGUUGUGGAGUUUAUUGGGAAAAUUUUCAACUAACUAA